UCAUCUGCAAUGAAGGCAAAUAUCAUCCUAUUCACUGUGGGGAUAAUUUUAUCUUUGUCCCAAACAACAGAUACCACCCACCACGGAAAACAUUUUUCAGUUCACCAUCAACCAAAAGUUAACAUUCCCCAAAAAGCCAAACACAGAUUUCUCGAAAUGAAAAAGCAGCCACUUGAUGAGAAAACCGCUUAUCGAAAGCAACUAAGAUACCAGGAGGCCAAUAGUGCUAUGAUAAAAACCAGGCUGGAUGAUAGCCUAGGAAGAAUACCCUGGAGUAAUAACCAUGAAAACGUUGCAUCCUAUGUUGACGGAACAGGAGGUGUAUCACAACAGAGGCUUUUAGCAAUCAUGAACCAGUUAACCAAUGAUAUCAGAGUAAAUGGACGGAGAAUCACUCCUCUUCAAACGCAAAUGGUACAGCAAACUAAUGAUGGCGACAUCAAUCCGACAUCACCAGCGAGUAAUAUGCAGGACGAGAUGCAACCCGAUAUGCAAACUAGCAUGCAAGAUGAUAUGCAGAGUAACACCAAUGACAUGGGAAAUAAUGAAGUUAAACCUAUACAGAUACCAAUCAAUCAGAAGGGAGGUGAUGGUGCAACUGAUGCCAAUGGACCUGGUGAUGGUGCUAAUGGACCUGGGAUGUUUGAGCGGUUGAUGUUUGGCGGACUUUCCCAGAUAGUAGGAGGAGGAAAAGGGAGUAACAGUUACUCUGAAACUGGUGGUGGAAUGACCAACGUUCCUGGGUUAUCAUAUGGUGGAUCAAAUAAUAAUGGUGUUAUCAACCUUAUGGAAAGCGAACAUGGAUUAAAGCCAAUGCGGGGAAUGAAUGGCAUGGGGAGCAUAAAUGGAAUGAACGGGAUGAUGACUGGAAUGCAUGGGAUGAUGAACGGAAUGGGUAUGAUGAUGCCUGGAACGGGAAGAAUGAGAGGCAAUUCGUAUUUCUCCAGAAGAGGAGAGACCGCGUCAGCGAGAAAGAAACCGCGAUCAAAGCAUCAGGAAUUUCUUCGAAAGGCCGUGAAGGCAGCUUCGCUAUCAAAAGCAGAUGAAAGAAAAAACCUCCAAAGGAUUCCCACAGUUACCAUACACCCCAAGGCCAACAUUCUGAAGAAUAAGCCAUACGUUAUACCACUAAUCCCUAAUGAUAAAACAACUGACAGGAAACCCACAAGACCUCUGCAUGGUGCUUAAAAAUUGUUUAGAAGAAUUUCAAUUACUGAAAGGAAUGAGACAAUUGAGAUAUAUUUCAUCGUAUACAUUGGCGG